UACCAAACAUACCCUUAAACAUCAAAAGUUUGAGUAAAAGAGAAUUAAAGAGCAAAAGUAUAACAAAAAGUCCUGAGAAGUAAACGAGAGUUAGUUGGAAGUGAAAGAGAAAGAAGAAAAGCAGUUGAAUAAAAUCAAAAUCUACAUUGGAUCUGAAAUCAAAGAAUUCCAUCAAUGGCACGUGCUGGAGGAAUCACAAACGCAGUUAACGUUGGAAUUGCUGUUCAAGCUGAUUGGGAAAAUCGUGAAUUCAUCUCUCACAUUUCUCUCAAUGUUCGUCGUCUCUUCGAUUUCCUUGUCCAAUUCGAGGCUACAACAAAGAGUAAAUUAGCUUCAUUGAAUGAGAAGCUUGAUGUAUUGGAGCGUCGUUUGGAAUUACUUGAAGUUCAAGUUGGCAAUGCUUCAGCUAAUCCUUCUCUUUUUGCAACUUGAUUUGUAUAAUGUAUCAUGUAAUACAACUUUCUAGUAAGAUUUCUCCACCACACCUAUAUAAUGUAUAAUCUAGAUGGAAUUCUUGAUCUAUAAGUCAUUUCUAAAUCGAAAGUUUGUGCGUUUGAUUAGUGUAAUCAUGCUUUGUUUGUUUGUUUGUUUGUUUAAUUCUAGUUCUUGAUUGCCAAUUUAUUGGGUCUAGUAAAUUCUUGUGUCUUAUAAA